UAGAUUGGAAUGAUUCCCUAUUCUCAUUGAGUGUGAGAAAGUAUGAAGAAUGAUAGUGAACAGGAGUUCGGAUUUCCCGAAAUGGAUACGCCUGCCAAAGUCAAAGGGCGUGAAAGAAAGCCAUCCAAGGUUUUCGAGAUAGUGGAGCACAAAGCCGAGGUGAUGGCAGAUAGGACGAUAGCGCCUAUAGUUUCUAGAAUAUACCACGAGAGCUGGAUUUACCGCAAGGGCUUCUGGAUUUUUUGCUAUUUAGCGUGUUGGACAAUAUUCCUAGUAACAACGUAUGCAUUAUGGGUGAAUUAUAGACGGUACGACACAAACGCCGAAUUAUCAGUAUCUUUUAGCAAAGAAAUAGUGUUUCCUGCGGUAACAGUAUGUGAUCAAAACAGUUUGAACAAAUUUAAAGCUACUGUCGCCAAAGACUUUUACGAUCUCUCCCAAGCAGAUGACGCUUUGUGGGUGAGUGUUUUCGAAAUCUUGGCAAAUUCAUCUGAUGUCGAUUUUGACAUCAACCUACAGCCAAGCCCUUGCUCCGAUGAUGAGUUCCAAUGUGACAGCGGAAACUGCAUUGAUCAAUUUUUUUUGUGCGAUAACUAUGCAGACUGCAUCACUGGCGAAGACGAACGUAAUGAACUUUGCGCGAACCGCUACAAUACAUUCGGUGAUCUAACAUCUAUGCAGAAAACGCAAACAUGCCCAUUGGCGUUAAACGCUUUGUAUAAUUCUACCGAUUGGAGUGGGUCCCUCAAAAAUGUGACCCAUUGCUGUGACUGGAAGAACUCAACCGGGAAGUUCGAUGUAGUGCUUCCCCCAUGGGCUGUAUGCGACGGGUAUUAUCACUGUACUGACAAAAGUGAUGAAGCGUAUUGUGAUUUUGCUAACGACUUCAGCGUGUGUCCGCGAAUGUCAAAGAUUGAAUUACAAAGCGACCAGAUUGUGAAGUUGAAUCCGGAUAAUAAUUUGUGCAUGGAUCUGGCCCCAAGUGACUUCGUUUGUUCCCGCUGGUGCAAAGAUAAGUGUCUGGAAAUGUUUCAAGUGUGCGAUGGGACUGAAGACUGCCCCAACGGAUUGGAUGAAUCAAGAUGCGUGUCCGACAUGGCCAGUCCAACAAAUAAACCGCCAAUCAACGAAACUGCAUUCGUUGACAAUGCAUGGAGUGCAAUUGACUCUUCGCCUGAUAUGUCUUCAGAAGCAGGAGUGUUCAUUGCAAAUAAUUUGUCACUGUAUGAGCAGCUCACAUUAACAGCCCAGAAAGAUCCCUACUACUCUGCUGUUAAAAGCAAACUGGUUCCAAAAGAGAAUUCAAUUGCUGAUUACGGAGUGCCUAGAGAAUCACUUAUCAAAUUGUGCUCCUACAACAACAGGGCCUGUUCCGGGGCAUUGGGUAAAUUCGACUACUUCUGGAAGUCUUGGAAACAUACAGUAUAUGGAAACUGUCACACCUUCAACCACCUCCUCACCAAUUUUUCACGAGAGAAUCAGAAUAAAAUCAGCAGCACCGGCUAUACUUCAGGACUGCAUGUGACUUUAUCCGUUGAUGAAGAUGCCUAUAUCCCACUUAUGUCCCCUGGAGUAGGAGCCAUAAUCGGGGUAAACCCGCACUACGAGCAUCCCCAGCCUGAAUAUAACACAGUUCUCGUUAAACCAGGAACUGGAAAUUUGUUGUCUUUGAAAAAGAAUACGAUCUCUAAACUAGGAGGCCUAUACAGUGGCUGUAUUACAGAAUACCCUGAGUUUGUGAAGAACAAUGAGAUGUAUUUGAGCGCUGAAGUGAAGCCAUUUUUGAAGUCGUACGAUUUGCAUUUUUGCAUACAGAUUUGUAUGGCGUUGCAGCCUUUGGCGUGCGAAACGGGCGCGUGCAGGUAUGGAUACAUAUUGGACCGAGCACUUUUAAAGAGUCAAACUAUUCCGGACUGUGACUUGACUAAGCGAGAACAGUUCGAUUGUUAUCAAGAGGCUAAGGAAAGAGUGACUAAUUCUUCUAACUGUGGAUGCGUUCAAGGGUGCAAUAGAGAAAUUUUCAGUCAGUUCUUGUCGUCAAGUCAGUUUCCAGCUAAAGCAUACGUGCCCUUUCUGCUCAACAGUAUCCUGGAAACUGACGAAGACGUGUUGAAUUUUAAGGACCACAACAAGUGGGCCCUUAAUGUGGUGGAGGCGUUGAGAGAUGUAAGAACCUCAAUGACAGACGAAAUUGCAGACAAUGUCACGCGCAUUCUUAGGAAAUCAAUGAUCGACGUGAAUGUGUACAUGGACUCGCUUUACAUCGACACAAUUAAAGAAUCGCCAGCGUAUACAGUCAUUGACCUCUUGGCGGAUUUCGGAGGCAACUCGGGACUCUAUGUCGGAUUCUGUGCUCUGUCGUUAUUUGAAGUUCUGGAGUUUAUUUGGGACGUCACCUCGGCUGUCGUGAAACGCAAGUUACUCGGAAUUGUAGCUUACUACGAACGCGACGACGAUGACAAUAAAAAGAAAAGGAAAAAUGUCGAAUCUGCGAUCUGAUCAAAGAAGUAAUAAUUAUGCUAACAAUCAUGAUAAAAAGAAGACAAUUUCUAUAUUUUACUCGUAAUGAUAGAGAUAAUCUUGUCUAUCCUGAUCAAAAAUCCUUAGUAUCUUUCGAAACUCACUGCUUGAUAUCAAUUUCACUGCCUGUUUCAUGCAAACCGUUUACGGAGUGUUUGUUUGUUUGUUUGUUUUUUUUACUGAUUGAAUUUGUAUUAUUAGUCUAAUUAUUCAUCACAGAUUGAACUAAUUCGCAUCUUACAGGGUUGACUAUAAUUUAUUUUCAUAAAACA